CCAUGGCUGACCGACCGCUGCCGGGCACGGGAGAUGAGCGGGAUGUGUGCAAUCAGUGCCCGUGAGGGGCGGAGCCAUCAAAAAUACAGAGCUAUUCUAAAGAAAGAAAAACGAAAAAAAAAGAGACAGGCACUUGCCAAACUAAGAGACUCUGAAACUACAGAAAAAGAUGAAUCGGUAUCAGAGGAAGAAGAGGAGGAAGUGGAAGAAGAGGAAGAAGAAGAAGAAGAAGAAAAGAAACUUGAGGCAGAAAGACAAAAGCUACAUGAACAGUGGUUGCUGAGAGAAGAAAAGGCCCAAGAAGAGUUCAAGCUUAAGAAAGAAAAAGAAGAGGCUGCAAGAAAACGUCAAGAAGAGGAAGAGAGGAAGAUAAAAGAAGAGUGGGAAGAGCAGCAAAGAAAGGAGAAAGAAGCGGCACAGCAAAAGCAGCAGGAGAAGAAAGAGAGAGAGGCAGCUGUGCAGAGGAUGCUGGAUCAAGCUGAAAGCCAGCUGGAGAAUGGUGUGACAUGGCAUAACCCAGAACCCCCAGAGAAUAUAGGAACAGAGAAGGAUAGAGCAAAUUGCCCAUUCUACAUUAAAACAGGUUCCUGCCGAUUUGGAGACAGGUGUUCUCGCAAGCAUAACUAUCCAACAUCUAGUAAGACACUACUUGUUCGAGGGAUGUUCAUUACUUUUGGCAUGGAGCAGUGCCGGAGAGAUGACUAUGACACAGAUGCAAGCCUUGAGUAUAGUGAUGAGGAGACCUACCAGCAGUUCCUGGAGUUCUACGAGGAUGUGCUCCCCGAGUUUCAGAAUGUCGGGAAGGUUGUGCAAUUUAAGGUCAGUUGCAACUAUGAACCUCACCUUCGAGGAAAUGUAUAUGUCCAGUAUCAGUCGGAGAAGGACUGUCAGGCAGCUCUUGCUCUCUUCAGUGGACGAUGGUAUGCAGGCCGACAGCUUCAUUGUGAAUUUUGUCCUGUGACAAGGUGGAAAACUGCUAUAUGUGGCUUAUUUGAAAGGCAGAAGUGUCCAAGAGGGAAACACUGCAAUUUUCUUCAUGUAUUCAAAAAUCCAAACAAUGAGUUUUGGGAGGCCAAUAGAGACAUACGUAUUUCUCCUGAACGGACUAAUCAGUUGUCUAAAAACUCUGAAAGGAGAAAAAGGACAAGCCAUCGUGAUGACUAUUACAGCCGCUCAAGGAGAAGGGGCAGCCCCAGCCCAGAUCAUUCUUACCGGAGAAAUGGAGAAUCUGAGAGAAAAAAGAACCGCCGCAAAAACAAGAGAAGGCGCCGAUCAGGAAGGUCAAGAAGCCGAGAACGGAGGAGGUCUCACAGCCGGGGCAGAAAAAGGAGAGGCCACAGUCGCAGCAGAAGUCAUAGUCGAACACGCAGCAGGAGCAGAAGCCGGAGUUCCUCUCGAUCCAGGAGCAGGGGUAAAAAGAGAUCAAGCAGCAGAGGAAAGAAUAGUGAAACUCCCAAAACAAAGUGAGAAUUACUUUUAGAAAUUGCUAAUUGAUCAAACCUAGAGCUGACAAAGCAAUCUUUCCAAUAGGGCACCAGAUAUUUGAGUUUCAAAUAAAGUGUUCUUGCACAUUAAAUGUUUCUUCCUAAUAAAGGAACCUAAUUCAUUGUGUGCUAAGCUUCAGAAAAUUAAAAGUUUUAAGUCCUAUAUAAGGUGUGAAUGUCAAGUACUCUAGCUACUCUGUCCUGAACUGUUGCAACACCUGGAUGCAUACCGAGUACACAUAGAGAGAGAAGUAAAGCUUAUUUGGUAUAUGCUUAUUUCUGUGUUACAUGUGUGUUAAAUGUUUCCUGUCCCUGUAAGGAGUUAGUACAGAACAGCCAGCGUGCUGUAAAUUCACACCACAGCGUAUUGAAACCUGAAGCCUCUGUAGAAGACUGCCAUUUAUAUUUUCCAUCUGUUCAUGGGAAAUCUCUUUCAAGACAAAGUAUAUAUAAUCCUGUUACGAGUUGGAGAAAAGGGAUUUAAAAGACACUGCUGUUUGAUUGUACAAUACUUUCCCAGUAGGAGCUUUGUGGUCACUUGUGUCGGAUUUUUCUCUUUCCCCUGAUGGAGCUGCUGAGUUAAGUGCCUGUAGGGAUUGCAGUAGACUAAAACCAAGUAGGAAGUACACAGAAAAACAAUCAAUUUAUUCAGUAUCUUAAUCCCCAAGUAUGAGUGGAGACCAUGAAGUUGUAAUCAUGGGGUUAGAGAAUACUGUCCUAGCUCUUGGUUGCAUACCAUUUGUAGUUGAAAACAACCUGCCUGACCUGUGAAGGAGCGGUAGAAAAGUGCACGUCUGGUAACCAAAGAUGCAUAUAUGUACUUUUGAAGGCUCAGGAUGCUGGCAGAGUGGUUAAAGAAACUGAAGGGUUUAUAAGUGAAACAAUACUUCAGGGUUUUGGGAGAGGAGGACAUGACUUUUUAGGCUUAUCUUACAAAUGGUUUAAGGCACCCUACUGCCUAGUUUUCCUACUGUCAAGGUGGAGAGUAGGGUACAUAAAAAUGAAGUUACUGGGACAAAACCUUUUUUAAGUGACAGCUUUAUUAGCAAAGUACCUGCAAUUAGAUAAAUCCUUACAAAUAUUUCUUCCCUUUUAAAUGGAAGACUUGUGCUGUUAACUGGACUAUACUUCACUAUUUAACUUAAGGUAUUUAACUUGGGUACAUAGGUGUCUUUAGGUGCUUGGAGAGAGCAGGCUGUGGCACUGAAGGUGCCCUGAAGGGUCUGCAGAGGCACUUCCUUCUCUUCAGCCUCUCCAAAGAACUUGGGCUUCCGCUAUUAGAGUACAGUUCCAACCACUAAAGUUGGAAGCCUAAAGCAGAAAUGCAGUGAUCCCAAUAGGUAUUCAUUAACAAUUCCUACAAAAUAAUAAAGUCCCACAGAAAACCUGGAUAUCUAAACUUUACAACAGCAUUCCUCACAAGAACGUUUUUCCCUGAGGAUAAUUCAGAGUGAAUGAACAUUGCUUCUGGGUAUAAUAUAUAUAUUUUUGCUUUUCUAAAUGCAUACUGCACCUAGCAUGCUGAUUAUAAAUUUUCCUUCUUUCAUGUGUAAUUGUUGUCCAAUAUGGAGUAAUACAACAAAAGUGCUAUAUAUUGAUGUUCAGUUCAGAAAUGACUUUCACUAUAUAUUGUCAUAACUGUAGGCAGAUUUGUAGCUUAGUUAAUUUGAUGAAAUGUUUUAGUUAUUAACAGAUGUAGGACUUGUAACUUAAUAGCAUAACUUUUGAAAUAGUAACUUUGUUUUAAAGGCAUAUUUCAAAGGAUAGACAGCACUGAGUUUUAAAUUACAUUUGGGAAAUUUGUGACCACUGGUUUCUUGUGCUAUACUUUUUUGUGACUAAACUUUACAGGCGGAUUUUCCCCAAGUCUUCUAUUUUUUCAUGGAUGCUCACUUGUCUAAUUGGGUCCCUGGAACAGGAUUGAACUGGCAGGCCAGUAACACCUCCCUUUGGAUGGUGCUGCUGGCUUCCCACAGCUGCUGCUGCACUAGCCUUCUGGUUAAGACUGACUCCUGCCAUCUGUAGUGCACUGUACAUCCUGUGUCAGGUGACAGGCUGUAGCUGAGCAUUAUCCGAGUGAAAUCAAUUGCUGACCUCAAAGGGCAGUAGUGGAAUGGGUGGUGGGAACUCGUGACCAGCAAAGCAGGCUUCUGCAGGAUUAGAAAUUGGGUGCCAGCUAAUGCCCAUGUGAGAAUUCCACAGGUAAUUAGGCUCUGUGUCCCCAUGGUUUUGUAAUGGGAUUUGGGAAGCUGAGCUGCUGUAUUUUUAAAAAAAAAAUAAGUUCUUAUAAUAAAUGAAAAAAAAAAAGACUUGCUCAGAGGUGCAUGUAAAAAUUUAAAUAUACUUUAUUUCUGCUACUAUAAUGGCUGAAGCUUCAGCUUUUUUUUCUUGAGUCCUGGACCCAAAUGCACUGGCUGUACCUGUGCAGUGUGGGACUGGUAGCUGUGAUUAUCAUUCUCUUCUACAUGCAGUCUGUUUAUUACACAGAAACUGAGUGCUGUAAAGCUGACAUUUAUUUUGCAUUUGUUAGCAUGAAAUGUGGGAUUCAACCAGUUUUCUGACUUCCAUAUAUUUCAAUAUUGUUUCCCUACUUCAUAAUCUGUAGUGUUACACGCAUGGUUUUGUGUUCUCUUAUUAGCCGAGUGAGCUCUUUAUUCUGAAGAGACAAAAAGACUAGAAGUUUUUAAAUGUUAAGCUUAAUUUUUUUCCAAAGGGGAAAAACCCAAGAAGAACACAGAAAGGAUUUAAAUUUGCAAGGAAUAACUUGUUUUCACUGCCUGUUAUUCUGCAUUAUUCCACAUGAAAAGACCUUAGAAACUGAAUUCGUAUUGGCCAAGUUUUGGUUUUGUUUGGUUUGAAGGCCUACAGUGGUGAAGCACAGGCAAAGGUUGCCCAGAGAAGUUGUGGCUGCCCCAUCCCUGGCAGGGUUCAAGGCAAGGCUGGACAGGGCUUUGAGCAACCUGGUCUAGUGGAAGGUGUCCCUGUCCAUGGCAGGGGGUUGGAGCUGAAUGAUAUUUAAGGCCCCUUAACCAUUCUAGAAUUCUACGUUUCUGUGGCUGCUUAAAAGCACUGGCUUUCAAAAUUCUCUUUUUCAGUUGUGAAUACUGAAAGGCUGGCAGAGAUGGGUUAGGGUGAUGAGCAAAGCAGGUGCUGACAGAGUGUGGGAAGAAGUUGUCAGGGCAGCAGGGGGGCCUUUCCUGGCAGGGAGAUCACCAGGGAGGAAGAGCAUGUUUCCCAGUGGCAGAAGGGGAAUAAUGGCAGCAUGAUAGACACAGGCAACAUUGUUGCCCAGCAGGGCUCAGGAACCAGGGAGCAGGGCUUGUUCCCCUCUGCAGUAGCCUUCCCCAAGUUCUGCCUGCCCAGAGCAGCUUAACCACCCGAGGGGUGAUGAGUGGCAGAUGGAUGCAAGGCUUUCCAUUGCUCACAGAGUGGGACACCAGCAUCUGGAAGGGCCUUUCUGUUCUGUCCCCUUCCCUGGCUUGUAGGGCAGGAAGCCUGGAAUGCAACCCAAGUAACUUCACAGCUUUACAUCCUUUGAUGACAAUAUGUCUUUCUUGGAUUCAGCUUUGCAAUACUCCAUUGGGCAUAUCAGAAAUUGCCCUAAAGUUCAUUAGUGACAUUCCUUUUUUUUUCCCUCACAAGAAACACAAGAGCCUGCUUAAAGAUGCUGUUGCUUCUUGUCCCAGGUCAGCACUUCUUACAAAACAUUAAAGUCUGUGCUACUUAAAAAUUUAAAGUUUUCAUUUACUUUUACAUCAUCUAAAGAGUGCAGCUGAUUUUGUUUUCACUCCAAAGUUGUAAUUAAAAGAAACCCCUAUUAUUCCACAUAUCCUUCUGUUCAGCAGUGAUGAAUCAGCUGAAAUCAGUAUCUGUCUCUGGUUAAAAAAAAGAUAUAUGUAACACUGACAAGGUUACACUUGGGUAAACUAUGAGGCAGGUUACAAAGUUAGCUGUACAAGCACAACCCAUGACACAUGAUACCCUUCCGAAGGCAGACAUAGGGCCACCACCAUCAUCAUGGCAUUAACCCCAAAGGAACAGCACAUUUUAAGGAAGGGCGCUUCCAGUUAAAGACAAAGAUUCAAUGAAGCUGAAGACACUCAAAGCAACAAUCACCUUGCCUAAACAAUCCAGAAAGUCUAAUUAAUGCUUGAGCUAUCCCCAACUCAUUCCCUGUAAAACAUGAAAUUUAAUAAACAAACAUUUCAUGAUAAAGAAAGGCACUAAGAUGGUGUCAUGGCUUAGGAAGUUUUCCCCAUGCUUCUGAUAACACCAACCAGUUCAGUUCUUUCAGAAAGCUGGAGAACAGAUUGAUCUGAAAGACUUUUGGUCAAGACCAGGACUGUGGCUGUCCCAGUGACUUGCUUGUAAUUCCAUGUAAGGAUUUGAAUAUUCGGUCUGCGUUAUCCAGAGCCCUUUCUCAAUGUGGUUUGUUUCAAUUUGCAGAUGAAAUGGCACUACGCAUCCACUUUAAUAAAUUUCAUGUUUAAUGUGGUAAGCCUUCCAGAAACUUGCCAAUUUACUGCUUUCUGUACACUUUAAACAGAUGUAAAUAACUAAUCUUGGACACAGUAUACUCUCACAUUUUUUAAAUAAAGUGCUCAAGAACAGGUUAAGCACUGUAAUAAAAUUUCCCUUUUUCUAAGCUA